CACCUUGUCAUUUAAGAGUGUAUGAGCACAAGAAGCAAAAUGGACCAACUCAAAGGACAUCAUGUUUGUCUGCUUCUGAUUCUGCUUCUAUUUACAGCAGUGGCAGGAAAAGACAUUUCCUCCUUCUCACUCAAAAUCAAAGACAAAGCGACGCUGCCGUGUGAAAAUGUGAUAAAAGAUCAAAAUAAGUGUGACCGGACAUCUUGGCUUUUCACCCAUACUUCUGUAAGGCCGACUGUGGAGCUCGUCCAUCUUGGGCAGAUAGCUAAAGCUAAAUCCAACAAACUGGGCAUCACUGAGGACUGCUCUCUGGUUAUUAAAGAGGUCACAUCUAAGGAUACUGGCCAGUACGUCUGCAGACAGUUCACCAAAUCAAACGAACAAGGUCUCUUCAGUUUGGUUCAUCUCUCUGUUAUUUCCAUAGGUGAAUCUGGGGUGCCUGGUGUAACUGACUAUCACUGUGUUGUGCAUGGAAAGUGUGCACACACAGUGAAGUGGAUUUAUCGGACAAAUACGACAGCUAUAAAAACAGAAGACACGGACUGUUCAUCCACUGUGUCAUUUCAAACUGCUUUUCCUGUUGUGUCAAUCUGGAUGGAUUCGCUGUAUUGUAACGUGACGGACCAAAGAAACGGACAAACACUGCUGUGUAACCGCAGCACUUGUGUGUUAGCAGGAUCAAAAGGAGACCUAUCUGCUGGAAAUCGUACAGUUGAAGAUGGAGAAAUCCAAACUAAAGCAGGAAACUGUCCAGAAAGCAAGCCAGUAGAGGACGACGCUCCAACAAAAGCAGCUUGGUUCAGGAUGAGUGCUUUCUGUGUGGGGUUGAUGGUUCUUAUAAUGAUUGUAGUGAUGGUCAACGUAUGGAUAAGAACCAAAGGAAAGAAAACACGAAGGAAUCACAGUGCAGUACAAAAUGAUGAUGAUGAUGGAAUGUAUGAUUCUGUCCUCUAUGAGAACCCUGAAGGUCUCAACGCCACCGUCAGACUGGGCCGAUCAAAGACCAACAUGUAAGACAUGAAUGCCGAUCUCUGGCCCUCAAAUUCUCCUUCGCUUCGACUGUUCAUGUCUCCAGCAUGUGGCCCUCUUUGAAAAAAGUCUGGACGCUCCUGGUGCAGCUUUCAUACGUUCUUACUGAAGUUUCUUUCCUACAAAUGACAUUUGUUAUGAAUUUUAGCACUUAUGUUCACAUGCUGGUUGCCUUUUUGUGAAGAAUGCAAACUUUUUUAAACUUGGUGUGAUUCCAUUUUAAAUUUGACUGAGUCAGUAUCAGCAGAUAAUAGCUUAGUAAAUAGGGGAUUAUGGGAUUUGUGGGUAUGAAAAUAGCUGCUGAUAUUUACAACCAGUAUUUUGGCCAUAAAAAUCUUCCUAUAUCAGCUGAAGCAUUUUUUUUUUCAUGAUUCAUUACACUCAAUGUCUGUUUUAAAGGAUCAGUAUUGACUAAAGGUAUUUUUGUCAUUUUUAGCAUGUUAGAUAUCAAAAAAUCAAAUAAUGUGCAUCCCUUGAAAGUUCAGAUGAAAUUCAAAUAACAGUGACAAAGUUCUUCCUAAUAGAAUGAAAAUGAGGGAUGAAAAAUCACCACCUUGAUGGAGUAAGUAAACUAUAUACAGAAGUAGAAAACAAAGACUCCCCCACACUGUUGUCUGCUAUUGCAUUUCCAUUCAUGUCCCAACAUUUUUGGUACUCAGACCUUGAUCUGGUUGUUUCCUUUAAUGAGGAUGAAGGUCUGAGUAAUGCAAAAAUCUGAAGCAGCGCUGUACAUCAGUGGGCUGUGCUGUAGAAGCGUGCAGGAUUGUAUGACUGUUGAUUUCUCUCAUUUUCACCUCUCCAGGUGUGCUAAAGGUUCUUUAAAGUUCUUUGAAUAUCUAUUUUUGAAAUCAUUACUUUUUUGUUGAAUCAUCCACAUUGUUUUCUAUUAUCACUGUAGUGUUCCAUGUCUGCUCUGUAGUCCCUGAUUUCUGACUGCUGUGUUUAUGAUGUGUUUGGCUCUGAGCUCAGUUAA